AUGGAGAGGUUGCCGGUUGAUGACAAAUCCACAAACAAAUCGGUUAAUCUGCUUGUGAUUUCAGUUAAAUCACAAGUCAUUAACAAGUCACACAUGACAGGUGUCCAACAGCGAGCAACUUACAUUCAUGACAAACCACCUAAAGAUAAAAUCGGUGUUAUGGAGUCUGCCUUCGUCCUGACUGUGAUGACUCUGACCGUCCUCGGACCUUCUGGUUGGAUUCUUUCCCACGUAGAUGAAUAUAAAACCCGCAGGCCUUGA